UCUUCUCCGUGACGCGGAGAUGCUUAAAAGGCCUCCUCUGUUUGAUUCUUUCAAGCCCCUGCUUCCACUGAAUCCACCCUAGCUCAUGAUUGAAAGUCUCUCUACCAGAUACGGUUCCCAUACCUCUAACUAUCUAGGCCCUACGAGCUCGAUUUUUUUCCAUUUCUUUCAGAGUCUCGGCAAAAUACUCCAUUAUAAGGCUUCUAUUCGCCAGGCCCAGCUCAACUUCGCAGCAUGGCUGCAAAAUUCACCAUCACCUUACUCAUCACCCUAAGCCUUACAACCCACAUCAAGGCCGAUAUCCCCGUCUCCAUCUUCUCCUACACGCCUUACCUCCGACAGCGAGAAUGCGUCAAAGAUUGCAUCUGGCGUUCGGGUCCAACAGCAGAAGACCUCAUCAUCGCCCUCGGGUGCAGAGGGCCAUGGGUUAACGAAUGUUAUUGCAGCGGCAACGAUGAUUACGAACACGCCAGCACAGCUAGCUCCUUUCUCAGGAGCUGCGUGGCCAAGAGCUGCCGAACUUCGUCAACAGAUUCGCUUGUUACGAGCGCUUUUGACCUUUAUGAUGAGUACUGUGCCGAGGCGGGGAUGGCGGUACCUUUGGUGGUGGCUAGUCCUACCAGGACUGAGGAUAAGGUGACGGAUGUGGUGACUGGGUCUGGAGGAGAUCGGGAGCCGACGGCGGGUGGAGGGUCUGAUUCAGGAAUGUCUAAUACAGGUUCAGGUUUAUCCACCGGCGUGAAAGUCGGGAUAGCAGUCGGCUCUGCAGCCGCUGUUUUGGCGCUGGUUGCAUCUGCUGUCAUUACCUGGCGACUAAAGGUCAACGCUCGUGUAUCUCCUCCCCGGCGCAGGAAUGUUACUGAAGUCCGAACCAAUGACACCGGGAAAACUAAAAUUCCUCGACUGCAAAUAAUUCGGCACCCAGGGCUUCCAGCAGCGACAACUCGUUACAACUAAAGAGCCGAAAUAUGCCAAGAUUCUCUGACCUCCAAACGAACUACAUUCACGUUCCACAUACCGCAUGCAAGCGUUCACCGGCCCUCGUGGCCCUACCGGGUAUUACACGGCCCCGGCCUGUCAAAUGUGAAAGGCGCUACGUCAUUGGGCCGCAUCUACAUCUCCGUGCGCGCCGUCCCGAUCUCUGCGGACGGGAUCUUCGAACGUGCAUGCCGAGUGGCGGCUUACAAGGGGCUUCUCCGCAGUUGCAGUCAAAUAUCCGGAGUGCGUCUGAGGAGAAGAGGAGAUGGGGUGACAACCGCC